AUGAGUCAGACACUCGCCAACAAUCUCCACAACAGCAAUCAGUAUCUUGCACAAGAAAGGGCUUAUCUCAGAAGAAUAAGAAACCAAUGGGAUAAUGAUUACUAUACUAAGGGAAUCAAAAGUGCGGACGAGGAACUGAGCAAGGGCGAGAUUAACAAUAAUGAAGAUGAUGAAGAUGAUGACGAUUUCCUGACUUACGGUAACACUGACCUUCUAAUAGACAUGGAUGAUGAGAAGUACCAGAUCGACUACAGUCUCGCGUUCGAUAUCAUGAAGUCAUCAAACUCCAACAUCAGUUUCGAUAAAACAAAUCUGAUAAGCGAGGAUACAGUGAAAGAUCCAGCAGUCCUUGAACGUCUUGACUGGCAGGCAAUGUUAUCAUCUGUACUCACAGGAGAUGUUGUCAGGUCAGAAAAAACCAAAAUCAUCGAUAACACAAGUGUCAACGACGGCCAAGAACCCUUUUUGCAUACGAACUACAAGGAGAACUUAUGGUUUGGAAUUCGUGCAAAACUCUUCAACAGGACAGAGGAUGAUCAAAAGAAGAUAAUUUUUUACCGCAGAACUCUUACUGAGCAGUUGAUUGAAGAUAUCAUGAGCUUUGAACUCUCCUAUGAUAAAGACAGUAAGUCACCGCGCCAGCAGGUUGUCGAAAUUCUUGAGAAGUAUGAGAGAGUAUGCGAUCAAUGGCGAAGCUUGGAGGAUAUGAAGCAUGACAAGCCGGCGUGUCGAUCCGAAGCGUUUCAAAACCGCAUUGACGCUCUCAACGCAUGGUUAAGUAUUACUGAUGCAAUUGAAAGAGAAUCGCAGUCAUUCAAACUGUGGGUUGGAAAUGAUGAUCUUGAUAUUAUGAGGGGGAAAGCUGAUGCGCUGGUACCCAAUGAAGCUGAACUUGAACGAGAUAGCCUCACAAGCUCUAAAAACAAAGUUGUGAAAAAAAUUUUUGAGGAGGACAAUAAGUCUUUGGCUGAACGUCUUAUGAAGGAGAAAGACGUUCACACCAUCUUUCGCAAACGAAUUUUUAUACCGUUAGCGCCAUGGAUGGUCAAGUCAAGGGAGACAUAUAUCAAUCUCGGGCAUAUCUUCGAGGUGCUCAAGCUUCCUGACUAUAUUCAUGAUUUAAUUCAGCUUUGCCUUAUUCCCUUACGUCUCAUAAAGGAGAUUAUCAACAUACGAAUGAAGUAUGCUUUGAAGCUUCAAAAUCCCACUUUGAUGAUGAUUGACCAGAUGAUUGAGGAUUUCAAAUCGUACAUCACAAUCGCGCUAGAAGUGAAGAAUGGUAUUAUGAGCUAUUGCAAGCCUGAUGAGAAUAAAACAUGGCUCAUUGAAGAUUUAUUUGACUCUGAUAUCCUAGAUUUCGAUAAAGUCGUUCUUCAGUGCGUCCGCUACUUCCUCGUUCUCCUCAACAGGAAGCUCAUAGAUAGUUCCAAAACACCAAGCACGUUCAGAACAAACAAGGAGCCAGAGGAAUUGGAAGACACUUGGAACUUUCUCAAGUCAUUAGGUGAAUUCAUUGAUGGGGGUAGCAUAGUUGUUGCGGAGAACAUAACUCUUAUCACGCUGCGAUUGUGCCAAAAGCUUUUGUCGUAUCUCAACAACCAGAUUAAAAAUCCCCCUAGCUCCAAUAUGAGCUCACUGGAGCUCAUAAGGUGGUAUAAUUCUACCACAGAAAACUUCGGACAGUUGAGAAGAAAGCUUGCGAGAUUCACAAGUGAGUUAUCACGCUCUUUCACCAAUUCAGUGGCAUUCGAAAUACCGACAAAUAACGGGAGUCGAACUAAAGCCUUGCUUGAGGCCUUGAAAAGUACUAAUCACUUCCUUGUCUACACCGGUACUGUUGAGGCACAGGGAAUGUACUUUUUCUCGAGUCCUGAGUUGAAAGAUAACGAAUCUGAAAUUCUAAGGAUCAUUAAUGGAUCGCGGAUUGGUAUUGAUCAGUCGGAGUCAUUCGAUGAGUUUGUUAGCCUCUUAAACAUGGUAAACGUCUCGGGUAUGGAGUUUGCUAUCCCGGAAGACGGUGGCUACCAAGAAUUGGUCAAUUCUUAUUUCAUUUAUGCCAGAGACUUUGGAAAGGGUUCGGUAAAGUGGGCAGACCCUCUGAAAAAAUCAACUGUGAUAAUGAAGUUGAUUCAACUAUCCAUCCAAUGGGUAAGCUUCAUUUGCGAUGAUUGUAUUCCGACAGACAGGAAAACCUUCCGAUGGUGUGUGCUUGCUCUCGAGUUUUCCAUGGAGAUGACUCGCGGGUUCAAUGUUCUAGUGUUAAACGAGGAACAGUUCAAUAAGCUCAGACUCAAAGUGGCUAGAUGUAUGUCACUCUUGAUUUCUCAUUUCGACAUCAUGGGAGCUCGUUCAAGCGAAGCUGAGAAAAAGAAGUUGCUUAAGUGGACAUCUCAACGUCACAAAAUUGAGAACACCACUGACGAUGAAUAUAUUCUUACAGCUUAUCGCGAAGAUGUCAUGAAGGAAAUUGAGGAAAUUGAGAAUUACAGGGCAGAGGUCCAAGAGCAGCUCAAUUCUAUUGGUCGGGUGUUGGAUGUGUCUGAUCUGGAAUACCAUUUUGUUAAACUCCUUGCGUCCUCUUUCUCGAGUGUUUCGAUUAGAUGGCAGAAAGGUAGGUUCAUUGGCGGAGGCUCGUUUGGUCAAGUCUUUGCGGCUGUCAAUUUGGAUACCGGUGGUGUGAUGGCUGUGAAAGAGAUAAGAUUCCAUGACAGUCAAUCAAUCAAAAUAAUUCCGUCUAUCAGAGAUGAGAUGACUGUCUUGGAAAUGUUGAACCAUCCUAAUGUCGUGCAGUACUUUGGUGUGGAGGUUCAUAGGGACAAAGUCUACAUCUUUAUGGAAUUCUGUGAGGGUGGCAGUCUUUCAGGACUUUUGGCUCACGGUCGUAUCGAGGACGAAAUGGUGAUUCAAGUCUACACUUUACAGAUGUUGGAAGGUUUGGCGUAUCUUCACCAGUCUGGUGUUGUUCAUCGCGAUAUCAAGCCCGAGAAUAUUUUAUUGGACCACAAUGGAGUUAUUAAGUUUGUCGAUUUUGGAGCUGCUAAGGUCAUCGCAGCUACUGGAAAGACCCGGGGAUCGACCAUGCAAUCAUCGCAACCUGCGAAGAAUAAUCCGGAGAACUUGAACUCAAUGACAGGAACGCCGAUGUAUAUGUCUCCUGAGGUAAUCACUGGUCAGUCAACAGCCAAGAAUGGAGUUGUUGAUAUUUGGUCUCUUGGUUGCUGUGUACUAGAAAUGGCUACUGGAAGACGCCCUUGGGCUAAUCUUGACAAUGAGUGGGCCAUUAUGUACCAUAUUGCUGCUGGGCACAAGCCACAAUUGCCUUCGCCUGAUCAGUUGAGCGAAUCUGGUCGCAAGUUUUUAUCUAGAUGUCUUGAGCAUGAUCCAACGAAGAGGCCAAGCGCAGUCGAACUCUUGAGCGACCCUUGGAUUGUGCAGAUUCGACAAGCCGCCUUUGGUUCUAGCGAUGGCUCCACACCUUCCUCCGAAUAUGGCCCUGCCAUUACUCCUACCAGUGAAGCGUCAGCUCCAUUAAGUUCUUCGUCGGAUCACAGCCAUCAGUUGGGCGAAAAUUAG